AUGGAGAAUGAAACAAUCGUGGACAACAGUUUAAAUAAUAAAAGCAAUGUUAAUAAUAGCAAUAAUGAUAUAAAUAAUAGUAAAAGCAAUAAUAACAACACCAACACCAAUUAUAACAAUAAUCAUAAUAAUACCACCACCACAACAACAAUAAACAAAACAGAAGAAAAACAAAACGAUAGUCCAAAAGAUAGCGAAUUUGAAUUUUUGGACGAAUUAAAAGGUGUUGAUGACCAACAUCAUGUAUUUUCAUCAGAGGAUGAAAGUUAUACAAAUGGCAAUAAAAAAAGAAAACAAACAGAUACUCCAUUAUCACCCAAUCAAGAUUUAAAGAAAAGAUCUAUAACUUCACCAACAACCUCACCAACAACUUCAACAUCAACCUCAACCUCAACCUCAACUUCAACAUCAACUUCAACAAUUAUAAAUAAUAAUAAUAAUAAUUUAAAAGAUAAAACUAAAGAAGAGAUUGAAUUUAUAAAACAUAUUAGAUCACAAUUGGUUAAACCAAAGUUUUUAAAGGAUAAACCAAACUUUCCAUUGAGAUCAAGUGGAGGGAAUUGGAUAUUUGUUGGAAAAUUACCAAGUUUACAAUCGACAACUACUGACAACACUACAUUAAUGUCACCAAAUAAUGCCACCACAACUAAUGGUAGUAGUAGCAAUAUUUCAACAACAACAACAACUACAACAACAACAACACCAACUACAAAGAUCUUAUAUAGAGUGAACGGAUUUUUAAGCGAUAAUGAAACCAUUGACUCGAUCGAAAUCAACUUUGGUGAUCCAAGAGAUAGAUAUGAAAUUGAAAGAUUACAUUCUUCUAGAAUUAAUAAUCCUUUUGAAUUACCUUGUGUUUCUUUUAAAAAUCCUUUAUUUAUUAAAUCAAAUAUAGCUAAAGAUAUUGGAAUUUCAAACGAAUAUGGAGGAAUGAAUGAUUCAUUUGAAUUUAGUAAUCAACCUCCACCACCUUCACCACCACCCCCACCACCUCCAACUUUACCACCCCCACCACCUCCAACUUUACCACCACAACACUCACUAGAACAACAAAGUACGAAACAACAAAUAUUUACUCAACAACAACAACAACAACAACAACAACAACAACAACAACAACAACAACAACAACAACAACAACAACAACAACAACAACAACAACAACAACAACAACAAAUACCAAAAAUAAACCAACAACAUUACAGCACUCAACCAUCUGUUUUGAUUGAUGAUAUAUAUGAUCCAAGUAAUCCAACAGAGCCAAUUUCUCCUCAUCAAGACCAUUAUCCAAAUUUUAUAUUUUCCAAGUUACAACGUUAUGAACAUUUACCUACUAGAAAUCCUAUUUCACAAUAUGAUUAUAGAGAUAGGCCUAGAGAUUGGGAAAGAGAUAGGGAUAGAGAUUGGGAAAGAGAUAGAGAUUGGGAAAGAGAUAGAGAUAGAGAAAGAGACAGAGAUAGAGACAGAGAUUGGGAAAGAGAUAGAGAUUGGGAAAGAGAUAGAGAUUGGGAAAGAGACAGAGAUAGAGACAGAGAUUGGGAAAGAGACAGAGAUAGAGAUUGGGAAAGAGAUAGAGACAGGGAUUGGGAAAGAGAUAGGGAAAGAGAUAGGGAUAGAUAUGAUCGUCAAACAAACUUUUCACCAGCACCACAAUCAACUACUACUUCUGCUUCUACCUCCAGCACCACUUCUAGUACUGAUAAAAAUAGUAAUAAUACAACAUCUACUUCAGUUUCUGCAACAACAUCAACAACUAAAAGGAAAUCUAAAUUUAGUGAACCAAUUGAACCAUCACCAUUUGCAAUUCAAAUUCCAAGGGAUAAUAUAAAAAUAAAUGGUAAUCUCAUAAACAAUAGUAGUAGUAGUAGUAGUAGUGGCAAUAAUAAUAAUAAUAAUAAUAAUAAUAAUAAUAAUAAUAAUAAUAAUAAUAAUAAUAAUAAUAAUAAUAAUAAUAAUAAUAAUAACAGCAACAACAAUAAUAAUAAUAGCGAUGUAAAAGAUAUAAAAGAUAAAUUAUUAAAACAGUUUAAAAUCUAUGACCCAGUUAAUGUAUAUAUGGAUGAAAGUUAUUGGUAUAUUGAUUUUAGAUCAUCAGAAUCAAGAGAGCGUGCAAUACAAGUAUUGAAUGGAUCAUUUAUAGAUACUUGGAAAUUAAAUGUAGAUAAUAAAAAAACCAAUACAAUCAAUGAGGAAUUACAAAAACAAAAACAACUUGAAAACGACAGUAACAAUAACAAACCAAACAACUUUAAUCUACUUGAAAAUGAAAGAUCAUUAAAAGAGAUUUGUAAAUUAUUAGUAGCAACAGAAUUACUUUCUACCUCUUCAAAAGAUAUUUCAAAAAAUUUUAUUGAGGCUGAAAUACUUAAAACAAUUAAAUUAUUGGAUUCUCAAAGAAUUGAUCCUUUAACUCAAAAUAGUACAAUUAUAAAUAAUACUACAAAUACCACUACUUCAAAUAUUAAUAAUACUAGUAAUAAUACAACAGUAACACCAAUAGUAACACCAAAAUCAAUAAUAUCAGCACCAACAUCUAGAGAUAGUCCUAGAGGAGGAAGAUCAUCAUCAACAACAACAAAGAAACCAUCGAAAUUAGAUUUGAAUGGUAGUGGCGUACCACCAACCUUAAAGAAAUUAGACACAAUUAAACAACAGCAACAACCACAACCACCAUUAUCGCCAUUAAAGAGACCACCUAAAAGUCAUUUCUAUAGUGAUAGUGAAGAUGAUGGAAAUAAUAAUAAUGAUGACGAUGACGAUGAUGACGAUGACGAGGACGAUGAUUUCGAUCAAGAAUUAUCACCACUUCACUCUUCAAGAGAUAGUAAAAAGAAUAUAAAAUCAAUCAUUAAAAAGAAACCAAUCUAUUCUGAUGAUGACGAUGAUCAUUAUCAUCAUCAUAAUCAUCAUCAUAACCAUCAUCAUCAUCAUCAUCAUGAUCGUAGUGAAGUUGAACUUUAUAAUGAAAGUGAUUUACAAGUAGAUGUUUUAGAUAGUGAUAAUGAAAAUCAAGAUGAAAGUGAUUAUCAUAAAUCAUCAGAUAACUUUGGUCAUGUAGAGUUAUCUGAUGAUGAUAAUGAAUUUGAUUCUUUAGAUACUGAUCAAGAUUUAUAUGAUACUGAAGAAAAUGAUAAUGGAAAGAAAUCAAAUAAAAGACCUAGAAAAUCAAAAUUCAAUGGUAAAUCAAAGAAACCUACCACCACCACUUCAACAACAACAACGGCAACUAAAUCAAAAGGUAGAUCAAAAAAAACUACUAUUACCACACCAACUCAUAAUAUACCAGUUCUCGAUGAAAUUCAAAGUAAUUUAGAUGAUGAAGAUGCUUCAUAUGUUAGUAUGGUUAUGGCUGCUGAUAAAGAUAUUAAACUUUUAUUUUCUACAAAAUCUGAGGAAGGUUUUGAAGAUUCUUCACAAGAAAUAUUAUCAACACCAACUAGAACUAAACCAUCAAGAAAUAGAAAAGAAAGAAACUUACCUUUCUUGGAUGAAGAAGAUGAUGAAUCAUUUAAACAAUUACCACAACCACAACAAAAACAAGAAAAACAAGAAAAACAUGAACAUAAACUUAAAAAUAAAGAAUUAAAACAAAAAAAUAAUGAAGUUAUUAUAAAUAAAACAGAAGAACAUUUUAGUGAAAAUCUUAAUGGUGAUAAUAAUAAUAAUAAUGAUAAAAGUGAAAAUGAAAAUGAAAAUGAAAAUGAAAAUAAAAAUGAAAAUGAAAAUGAUAAUAAUAAUUUAAAUACAAGUAUUGAUAAUAUAAAUGGAGUUGAAAGACGUAGUAUUACAGGAUGUGCACGUUCAGAAGGUUAUACUAGAAGCGAUAUUCAAAAACUAUUUAAGAGAAAACAAGUUGCACCAACUGGUAAAAGAGGUGCUGCAUCAAGUGCUAGUAGUGGUAGUAAUUCAUCAUCCUCCUCAACAGCAGAAUCAUUUGAAACUGGUGGUAAUUUAUCUAAAUCAGCAAGAUCAUCAAGAUUUGAUAAUAGAGGAUUUGGUAGUGAUCCAAUUACAUUGGCAUCAUUAAAAUCAAGAAGAAAGAGAAUUAAAUUUGAACGUUCAGAUAUUCAUGAUUGGGGUUUAUUUGCAAUGGAAACUAUUAGUGCAAAGGAUAUGGUAAUCGAAUAUAUUGGUGAAGUGAUUCGUCAAAAGGUUGCAGAUGAAAGAGAGAAACGUUAUGUUAAAAAAGGUAUUGGUAGUAGUUAUCUAUUUAGAGUCGAUGAUGAUACAAUCAUCGAUGCUACAUUCAAGGGUAAUCUAGCAAGAUUCAUCAAUCAUUGUUGUGACCCAAAUUGUAUUGCAAAAGUGCUCACUAUUGGAAAUCAAAAGAAAAUUAUCAUUUACGCAAAACGUGACAUUAACAUUGGUGAAGAAAUUACUUACGAUUAUAAAUUCCCAAUUGAGGAUGUUAAAAUUCCUUGUUUAUGUAAAUCUCCAAAAUGUAGACAAACUUUAAAUUAA